AUGACUCUGAAUUUCUUCCAAGGCGCUUCCAAGAUCUCGAUCGAACAAGGCACAUUUAACGCAGUUCAGGGAAACCAGACCGUGACGAACAAUAUCUAUAAUCAGAUUGUUAAGCAGCAGGAGCGGGAGAGUACGGUGUAUGACGAGUUUCCUGUCAUCCGACGUGGAUUUAUUCGCAGGCUCAAGGACAUCGAUUGCGUAGAUCGUCUGGUGGACUGGCGCUGGAAUUCUCGGUUGAAGCAGUAUGAGGUAGAAUCGGAUUUGAGCGUUGAAAGGACGGUGUCUACUGCUGAAAUCCAUGAUGAUGGUAGUUCAAGAUUUACGGUGGUGUCUUAUAAAGGGCAAGAUGCGACGAAGGCCUGGGAAAAAGACUUUCGGCGGUUCUGCGAAGCUACGGAUGCAACGAAGAUGCAGCUGUUUGGUAUCAACCAGUCGCGUGUUCCGUUAUUGAUAUUCUAUGGAGGGCUUGUACCUCUUGCCCAUUUUUGGGAUAGACUCGGAUGGUUGGGGCGGGGUUAUGCCUUUACAUUGUUGUUCAAUAUGGAUUGUGGCCCAUCCGAGCUAUGGAUGGAUCCCAAGCAAGGAACUCUGAUACGUGGACUUGAGGGAUCCCAACGCGAUAUCCGUCAUCUCGGCUUCUUGAAUUCCAAGACAAUACCGUCAAGCACCGAACUCCUCCAUGACGAUGUUUGCUGGAGCUACCUCCGUUGUUUGCCAUUGGUAAAUAAAUAUGACAGAGACCUUCUGCUUGUCCUCAGUGACACGUCUGGGAUUCACGAAAAUAUACCUCCCCCCACCGUGACCAAUCGACCAUACAUCCUUUCGAGUCUGACCAAUUCCGUAAUAGCAGUCGGAAGUACAGACAGGGUGGACUUUUGGGUGGGCCUUGACUCUCGAGUACUGAUGUCAGAUCAAAGAACAAGGUUCACUUUGAAGGAGCGUGGAGGCUCAAAAAUUGUGUUAUAUUUCCAGGACGGAUUUGCUUGGCUCUCGCAGGCCUCGAGAAUCUUCCAGAGCCUUGGAAUAUCAUUCAGUGAGGAUCUCUCGUACUAUCAGUCCAUCGGGCCGUCGAUUUUAUGUAAAGGAUCUUUCGGGCGCUCCAAGGUCAAACGACGACGACGACGCAUAGAAGUUCGACCCAUUUACCUCUUCCUUCGUUCGCUGUGUCACAUUCCUCCGUUCAAAAAUGGCUCAGUCCUGUCCGUCCACACUUGGCAUUUUGAUGAAAAUGGACGGAACGCCAUCCCAUACGAUUAUUGUAAAUACCUUGGUCUUCCCACCAAGCUCUGGGUGAAAGAUUUGACAACCUGGCGAUCUUCCUGGCCUACCGAGACAUACAAAACUGUCCAUAAAUGGCAGGUCGCAAGAGGUUUCGACCCAACCACGCCUGACUUUGCUCGUUACCUUGGAUAUCCCGUAUACGAAAUUGUGCAAUCGGAGUCGGUCCGAUUCGAGGAACUCAGCUCAGACCAACUCGAAGAUUCAAGUGGUACGUCGUCUGUAACAAAAAGCCCAAACAGGGAUGAUCAAGCCGAGGAUCUCAUGGACAUCGACUCGCCGACAUCUGCUUCCCCCUUGCAGGAUAGUGGGUCGAUGUCCACUCGGUUCCGACUGGAGGAUGAGGUUGCCAGGCACGAGAACGUUGACAUGGAUAUAGAUGACCACUCAGUUUGCUUCGAAGGCAUUCUCGCUGCGAGCACAGAUAUGGAGGUGGAUUAA